UAUCUGUUUUGUCAACAUCCGUGGGUUGCACCAGAUGACGAGUUCUGGUUGAGAGAAUCUCUUGAAGUUUGAACAAGUGCACUCUUGAACCUGACCAAACAAGGCUUUCGACCGCUUUUCUGCAGCCAUCUGGCGAUCUAAUACUGUACUUGGACUGGAUAUAAAAUUGAAAUUCCGGUAGACUAUGACCGAGCACGUAGAGCAGAAACCACGGCGGAAAACGUCCGUGUAUACGCGACCAAACCAGGCGGACCUCGUCCACCACACGGGGGUGGAUCAGCACGGGGAGGGCGGGGCUAGCCACCAGCUGGAGGGGAGGUCACGGAAGGUGUCUUUCGGUAGCACGGGGAGACCACGAAACAUCUCUGUAGGAAGCUCCGAGGGAGCCGAUCUCAUCAUGCGCAACCGUAAGCACAGCGUAGGCGACCCCGACAGAUCACGCAAGAUCUCCACGUCACGCCGCACGCUCAGCGUGGAGGAACGCGGCUGGGGCACCGACAGCGGCAGCAUCACUGCCCGCGGCGCCUCGGCGUCUCUCCCCAAGCCCAACACCUACCGGAUGAACCCCGAGCGACCGUUUCGGGAGAAGGCCGUCCGUGAAGUCAUCGAGAACGUCUUGGAGGACAUGGACGACGUGCGGUACGAGAGCCCCAGCAUAAUGGCCGCCAAAGCCCGGAGCAUCAGCGACACCGUGAAACAGCGAGUCAAGCUGAUCGGUUUUGACCGGUACAAGCUGGUCUGCGUGGCCUGCUUGGGCCAGAAGAAGGGACAAGAGGUGCAGGACGUGGGCCGCUGCCUCUGGGAUGCCACCAAAGACGGCUUCGUGUCGGUGGCCUAUGAGAAUGCAACCCUCUUCGUUGUAGUCAGUGUGUACGCUGUUUAUCAAGAGUAGAAUUUAUAAAACACUUUAGCCGCAAAAAAUAAUAAUUGGACAAUGACAUCAUUAUACGCACAACGCGACUGUUUAAGUCAUUUUUCUUACAUGAAAAUACAUCUUUUACAUCUUGUUUGGCAUAACAC